GUCUAAUUACUAGUAGGUCUCUCUGGAAGAGAGACACCUCUUCCUGCACCAUUACUGUCAGCCCUUCCCUCCCAGGUGAGUUUUGCAAAGCUCUUUGUCAAUGGGGGUGGGGGCUAGGGUGGAACUUGGACUUUUGGCAACAGUGAAAUAUUAUUGACCCAUCAAGUGUAAAGCUAAAGAGGCUGGGGAAUGCCCCCAAAAGGCCCCUGAUGGAGCUUGGAAGAAGCUGUUCUCUGAGCAGUUCUAAGUGUGUUAGUGUAUGUGUGUGGUUACUCAGUAUAUGUAAGUGUCAGUGUCCUUAGGGGUCUCAGAGCUGGGCACGGCACCGUACACAAAUAUUUUCCUUUCCUCUUCUCUCCUCCUGCAUUGUUGAGGUAAAUCCAACCACAGAAAGGUGGCCCUCAAUCAAUCUACCCCCUUUCCCGACCUUAUGGGCACUCAGACCCAUCACCAAGGUGAAGAGAGUCACAGUCGAACACCAGUGGGCUGGGCUAGUCACUGCUCAAAAGUCACUGAAGGGGGAUGGCCCUCCUGCCGGGAAGAGUUAGUCUUGGACUCAGAUUUCUGUCCAGACCCUGACCUUAUUUGCACUGAUGUAAUCAGCCAAUAUUGGCAUAGCCCUGAGAGAUCUCAUUCCCAGCAGGCUUGGAGGUGGGGUGGUGCUGCUGCCAUGCCUAUAUAGGGGCUCAUCCAGGGGCCCAGAACUGUCCUGUGGCCUCUCCAGCUCAUCAUGGCUCGGGCACUGGGAACACCAGUUGUACCGUGGUUGUUGGGCUUGUGCUGGUCUCUGGCUAACGCCCAUCCUCUUUCUCUGGCUAAUGCCCCUAGGCAUGGAGCUGAACGUGGGAAUGCAACCAAGUUGGACCCCGAUCUGUGUCUCUGCGCUGUAUCAUCUGACUGGCCUUUUAUUUGCUAUCGCCCCACCUCCUUCCCAGAACGCUGCUCGGAUGGCUGGGGCUUUGAUGCUACUACCCUGGAUGAGCAUGGGACUAUGCUGUUUUUUAAAGGGGAGUUCGUGUGGAAGGGUCAAGACUGGACUCGGGAGUUAAUCUCAGAGAGGUGGAAGGAUGUCCCCGGCCCCGUGGAUGCUGCAUUCCGCCAUGGUCAUGACAGAGUCUUUCUGAUCAAGGGGGACAGAGUCUGGGUAUACCCUCAUUAUAAGAAGGAAUAUCCGAAGUUGCUCCAAGAGGAGUUUCCUGGAAUCCCAUCCCCAGUGGAUGCAGCUGUGGAAUGUCACACUGCAGAAUGCAGAAGUGAGGGUGUCUUGUUCUUCCAAGGCAACCGCACGUGGUUCUGGGACUUCACUACAAAAACCAAAAAGGAACGUUCCUGGCAGGCUGUUGGCAACUGUUCUUCUGCCAUGCGAUGGCUCAGCCGCUACUACUGCUUCCGGGGUAACCAAUUCCUGCGCUUCAACCCUGUCACGGGAAUGGUGUUUCCUAAAUACCCUCUGGAUGUCCGAGACUACUUUAUGCCCUGCCCUGGCAGAGGCCAUGCACACGGGAACGCGACUCGCCAUGGGGAUAAACGCUGUAGCCCAGAUCUAGUCUUGUCUGCACUGCUGUCUGACAAACACGGUGCCACCUAUGCCUUCAGUGGAUCCCACUACUGGCGUCUGGACACCAGCCAGGACGGGUGGCAUAGCUGGCCCAUUGAGCAUCUGUGGCCCCAUGGUCCUUCAACAGUGGAUACUGCCUUUUCCUGGGAUGAUAAGCUCUAUCUGAUCCAGGGCACCCAGGUAUAUAUCUUCCUGACAAAGGGAGGCUAUAUCCUAGUAGAUGGUUAUCCAAAGCGGCUGGAGAAGGAAUUCGGGAGCCCUCAUGGGAUCAACCUUGAUACUGUGGAUGCAGCCUUUACCUGUCCUGGGUCUUCUCGCCUCCACAUCAUGGCAGGACGGCGGCUGUGGUGGCUGGACCUGAAGUUAGGAGCUCAAGCCACGUGGACAGAGCUUCCUUGGCCCCAUGAAAAGGUUGACACGGUCCUGUGUACGGAAAAGUCUCUGGGCCCCAGCUCGUGUUCCGCCAAUGGUCUCGGCUUGUACCUCGUCCAAGGCCCCAAUUUGUACUGCUACGGAGACGUGGAGAAAUUGAAUGUGGUCAAGGCCCUUCCCCAGCCCCAGAAAGUAAACAGCCUCCUGGGUUGCCCUCACUGACAGCGCUGCUGAUGUGAGGCUGGCCCAGCUCCUUCUCCUGGUUUUCCUUACAAUAAAGCCAGAGUGCUCCCUCGCUUGGAUCAAAGGGCCCUGGUUGUGGAACAAUCUCCCUUCUUUCUUUGAGUUGAGCAGCUCGUAACCUCUCUUUGGAGGCUCUUAAAUAGGCUGUGGGAGACCAGGGAGGGGAGGGCUCAGGGACAGACCUCAUUUCUGCACAGGUGAUUCCUGAACCCCGGUCAUAAACUGACUUCUUCCAGACUACUGAGACAGAGAGGGAAACAGAGGAACAAAAGUAGAGAAAGGAAGCCCUGUGUCUACCCAGCACGUAAGAGGCAGAGCAGGGACUCUGCCCCCACCUGCUAAUAACUGACCACAGCUUGGCCCCAGGACAUUGGGAAAAUAGGGCUGGAGGCGGCUACGUUUGUGCAAAGUGGGUUGGCUCGGUGCUGCCACGGAGGGCCGUGGGGGCCCUCAAAUUGUAGGUCCAGGGGGUUCAGGGAGCAUCACUCCAGAAGACAAGUCUUUGGUUGCUAUGAGUUAGGCAUAACAAGUGGAAUGAAAACAGAGUGUUUUCACUCACCUGAGGCAAGCUGGGGAAAGGGGAGGAAGCCUGAUUCGGGGAGGUGGCACCAUGAAACACAUUUGCAAAAUGUCACACAGCCCUUGGGGGGUCCUGCUGGCUAAGUCCCCUGGGUAUCUGCACCAUCUAGGCCAGCAAAUGUCGUCUGGGUGGAGGUUGCAGUGGUUUGUUCUUUUCAGGUCAUAAGCUGACCAAGGCUUUAGGCUCCAAACUUACUGACAACCAUUUGACUGGGGAUUGGCCUGGACUAUAGACAACUGGGUCUCAGGUGAGACCCUUUUCCUCCUCUACGUUUCCAACCCACCUGAGCUUGAAAGUUUGUU